CGUGAUUUAACUGUAUCAGCGUGUUUUCAUUCCCACGUCGGCCCGUUCUGUGUUUCGCAAAUAUACUUCUCGUCCGGUGAGUUGUCUUUUGGCUCGCGUGGCGCAACCUAAGAAGUUGCUAAGUCGAACCUCUAAGGACACAACAGUCUUGUUGGUAUUUUAGGUGUGCAUUCAACCUCAGUCAGCUUCCAUUUGCUUUACUUUCUUUCGCAGUCCUUCCAGCGCACCUUGGAAGUUUUUCACCUGCUAAAUGAAGUAGAAAGAACAAAACGUCUCAAGAAGAAAAUCAAAAAGGCCAAAAGCAAGGGUGAAAAUCGCGAUAAUAUAGUACUCGAGGCUACUGAUCUGCUUAGGCCAGUGUUUCGUCCUUGUCUAUCGGCUCAACCAGCAAGCUGUGAUGUCUUGGCAGCAACACCUGUUUGGAAGAAUUCUGUCAUCACUCAGAUAAAGCUACAAUUUGUAUGCGCUCUCAAAAAUAACAGCAUCGAAGAACUGCAAGCCAUCCUACCUUUCGGAAUUUCCUUGAAAACAAAAUCCAUCCAAGUGUCCAGUGGAAACGAUGCACAAGGAAUUAGCUUGAUGUUACUCCAUCGAAUUGGCAGUCAAGGCCACCGAUCGCCUCCAAUUCAAUGUUGCUUGACCAGUGACACCCUCGGCGCCUUCACUCUAUCUAGAACAGAAGCGAAGCUAUGGAACAGGCAUUCGGCUAUCUGCUUAGCGACAUUAACCUGGAAUGAACACCAUGAGGAGCCCAAUUCCAGCUCUCUUGAAUUAGAUGAUAUUGAAACUAGGUGGCCAACCAGAGCAUCCACGAUGGUACUGGUUCCUGGUGAUCGCCAUUUGUUGGUUGGUUUUGAGUCGGGCCACCUGCUCUUAUUCGAUGUCCUUUCGAAAUCCGUUCUACAAACGAUCAGCGAUGCACACCAGGGCGGAGUCCGUGGUCUCGCUCUCUGCGGAGAUAAGAAAUCCUUUUUAUCCGGCGGCUCUGACAAACGAGUCAAUUUCUACAACUUCGACUUGAAUCUUUCCGAAUCAAGAUUCCAUUCACUUUGUCUCGUGAAAGCUCGUGAUCCCGAGACUGUUGCCGAUCAAAUUACGUGCAUUGCCGUCUCAGCAAGUAAUCACCUGGUCGGCAUCGGGUUGGUCAAUUUUCACGUCGAUGUCUAUCUCAUGGAUCUCUUCAAGCGCGUUCACUCACUGUAUGGACAUGCGGCGCCCGUCACCAGUCUCGAUAUAUCUGUUGAUAGUCGUUUGCUAAUCACCGGUAGCAGCGACAAAACAGUACGUCUAUGGGAAUUGCAAUUCGGCAACUGUCAAAGACGCUUUACUUCACAUCCGGAACCCGUCACUUGUGUCCGCUUCAUUCCACACACUUCACUUGCCGUCUCUUCUGAUAUGAGUGGACUGAUAAAACAGUGGGAUGUGUCAAAGCUGCGAGAAGUUACCACUUUAAAGGGCCAUCACGGAGGAAUAACCUGUCUGUCUACUGCUGCGACUGAUGCCGAUUUCGUAACCCGAAGAACGAAGAAUGGGGAGAGGAGAAAUUUACGUAAAAACGCCUCAAAAGUGGAUAUAUCCCAUGAAGAAACUGACUGGGAAGAUUCAUGUGGCGGGCUUGUGGUCUCAUCUGGUCUCGAUUUUAGCAUUCGUUUGUGGUUAGAAUCGGAUGAUUUGCUCAUACUAGAAGAGGAGGCUGAAUUAGCUCGAGAAGCCGAAGAGGGUGAAGAACUGGUUCGGUCAGAAGCCGUUAUACCGGGAGCUAUUCCGGCUGAAAUAAGCGAAACUGGCAUUUUAGGUUAUCCUAACCAUAACACAAGGGACUUGGCCGACAUGUUGAUGGAAGCUACUGAUAUCUUCUAUGAAGAGUGUGGCAGAUUACAGCUAAUUGCUGAUGGUAAACGUGCGCAACCAAUCCACCCUCUGAUUGCUGCGCGAUGUGGUGAUGGGUCACCGGAACGGUUUUUACUCUCUAGUCUGAAUGCUUUGCGAGCGUCAGGUACCCAAUUCGGUGGCGGCGGUGCUGGUUUUGAGCAUGCACUUGGUGCGAUAACGACGGACCACGUACGCCGGCUAUUGCCUCAAUUGGUCGAUUUUCUUACCCGCGGGUGGGAAGUAGAGCUUGUCGGACGGGCUAUUCGACACAUCGUGACUUUGCAUUUUUGUCUAAUCGUUAGCAGUCAGCCUCUUCGAGACGUGUUGGAACAAUCACGUGAAGCACGUUCCCAUGCACUAGGAAGAUUAAAGGGUAUGAUGGGAAUGAAUUUGGCUGGAUUAGAGUACUUACAGAGACAAAUUGAAGAUCAGGAGCAAUAUUGUUUGUUCAAGAGUAUAAUAUCCAAGCGAGAGCACGUGCGGCGCCGGAUAUCGAAGCGCAAUCGCCUAGCAAUGCUUAUACCGGGUUGAAUCUAAUAUUGCCUAAAUCUGUUAUUUUGUACAGAUUCCUUUUUCAACCUGUCAUGUAUCUAAUAAACGCUCCGAUAUCUCUUGUUUUAAUCAUGUUAAAAUCCAUGGAACGUUUUUAUUAUGUAGUCUAGGUAUUAAACUAGGACCGCUUUACCCUGCCGCCGCCUCCACAAUGCGGGAGCUGUUUCGUGUAGUAUUUUCGCGUUCUCCAUUUUCUUGCACCUAUCUACCAAUUGGUCAUAAUAUAAUUCUGCUACCACAUUUAAAGUACACCACUGCUAUACAACAGUCUAUUUGUC